UGAUGACUUGUCCUGAAGAAUCAACAUUUUGAAUGUUUAAAAUGUGAUUUUCCCGUUGUUUUUAUUUAAAAACAAAAAGAACCAGAGCCUCUGAGUUGAGUAGAAGGUUCGGGUGAAGAAAGCAAAGGCGUUUGCGUUUUCGCGACCGGCUGAAACGGAAAAGCAAUCGAAUCGAUCCACCACCAGGCGGGGGCCGAGAGAGUUAGAGAGAUGAGAGAUGUUAUUGUAUGUCUACUCGCAGCUCCUUUCCUCCUACAACUAUCAACUGCCACCGUCGUACUCAAUUCUAUCUCCGCCUCUUUUCCUCAUCUCCCCGCCAAAUUCGACGGCUCCGUCCCCAGAAACGGAAUAUGCGGAGCUCUCUUCGUCGCAAAUCCCCUCGACGGUUGCUCUCCUCUUCUCCCCUCAUCUAACAGUUCUCAACAGAGAACUACUAAGUUCGCUCUUAUCAUCCGUGGCGGAUGCUCUUUCGAGGAUAAGCUUCUCCACGCCCAAACCUCCGGUUUUUUUCAAGCCGUGAUUGUCUAUGACAACUUAGACAACGAAGAUCUCCUCAUUAUGAAGGUGAACACCAAGGAGAUUACAGUUUCUGCAGUCUUUGUUUCAAACGUUGCUGGCGAGAUCUUAAGCAAGUACGCCAGAGGACGAGAGGGUGAAUGCUGCAUUUAUCCCCCUACCAAGGGGACUGCUUGGACUGUCCUCGCCAUCUCUUUCUUCUCUCUCCUACUCAUCAUUACUUUCCUCUUGCUUGCCUUCUUUGCUCCCAGGCACUGGACUCAGUGGCGCGGUAGGCACAGCAACCGGACCGUGUCACUAGAUCCGAAGCUGGUCCGCACGCUCCCCACCUCCACUUUCUCUGAUUCUUUUCGUGGAGGGGAUACGUGUGCUAUAUGCCUCGAGGAUUAUAGAUUUGGAGACUCUCUUAGAUUACUUCCCUGCCAACAUGCUUUUCACUUGAGUUGCAUCGACUCCUGGUUGACAAAAUGGGGUACAUCCUGUCCGGUGUGCAAGCAUGAUAUAAGAACCCAGACUAUGUCUUCCGAGGCACAUAAACGAGAUAGUCCAAGAACAGGUACAAGUACGGGUAGAUUUACCUCUGCUCAAUCCAGUCAAAGCCUUUAAGAUUGGGCGUAAGAUCAGUGCUCGGUUUCUGUGGACCAGGGCCAUGUUUGCAUCGAUCUGAUGUUCCCGGUGAUAUUGAAUGGGGAAUCAUGUUGGGAUAAGUAUAGGUAAAGCCUUUAGAUUUGCCAUAUUGGUCGAUACUAUUUAAACAAAAGAAAAGAUCCCGAGUUACUUUGCUUGCCUGAUUGUUGUUCUUUACAUGUGUGCAUUAUUUGUAUAUGUACAUAAAGCUGGGAGUCAUACUAGCUUUGUUUUUUUUCACAUAUAAAUGAUCAUUGUGUGUGUUGUUGUUUCGUAA